UUAAAUUAGAAUUAAAGAUUUAAAUUUGGUAGAAUUUCGUGAUGGAUUCAGUAUUCAAUACUUUACGACAGACUGCUUGUUGUAGUGUUUCGGAUAGCGAAUCUGAUGAAUAUUCGAUUGAAAAAGUAACAGAAAAUAUCACUUCUACUGUUGAAAAAACUAUAGAAACGACAAUUAUCACGUUAAAACCGAAGAAAAUGAAAGCAGUGAAAGAUACCAGAGAAAUAAUAUACACAAGCGUUAUGUAUUUUUCUGUAUUCUUCUUCAUUGUCGUCAUUUUUACGUGUCUCGCCAUUGUGAAAAAGACUACGUGGCACGAAUAUGUCUUAAAGAUAGAUUGCUUUUCUAUGGCGAAUUCUUCGUUAGUAAAUGAAAAUAAGUGCUUAGAAAGAAGGUGUCUAUGGUUCAGCAGCGAAGUUCAGGGUGAACCUCAAUGCUUCUUCCCAAUUGGUUACGGGUAUAAAUUAAGAGGAAGAGCCAAAUCGACUAAGAAAGGAAAAGAAGUUUUCUUGGAUAAGAAAGAAGAUUCGUUUUCUGUGUUCAAAAAUGAAGUGAAGUUCUUAAAAUUAACUCUCGAUUACGAAACUAGAAGCAGAGUUCAUUUCAAAAUUUUCGAUCCGGACAGUGUUAGAUACGAAGUUCCUGUAGAAUUAACACCAUCAACGGGGACACCGAGUAUAAGAGAUUACGAAGUGGAUUUUGUUAAUGAUCCACAAUUUGGGAUUCAAAUUAAAAGAAAAUCGACGGGGACGUUAAUUUUCGACACCGAUACUCCGGGAACUGUUUUUACCGAUCAGUUUCUACAGAUGACAAUUAAAUUACCUAGUUCUAACUUAUACGGACUGGGAGAACAUAAAACUACGACUUAUAAACACGACACUAACUGGAAGAAGUGGACUUUCUUCGCUAGAGAUGAACCACCCGUGGCUUAUAAUAAUUUGUACGGUGUUCAUCCUUUCUAUAUGAUAGUAGAACGUGACGGAAAUGCUCACGGUGUCUUUUUUCUAAACAGUAACGCAAUGGAAGUAACUAUUCAACCACAUCCUGCCAUUACUUUCCGUAGUAGCGGAGGGAUUUUUGAUUUUUACGUAUUUAUGGGUCCUACUCCCGAAGACGUGGUCAAGCAAUACUUGCAGUUAAUAGGUUUUCCUAUGUUUCCUCCAUAUUGGAGCCUGGGAUUUCAGAUGUCAAAAUGGGGUUACGGUAACGUUACAUACGUUAAGGACAUUAUACAGCAGACAAUCGAUGCAAACAUACCUAUGGAUGUUCAAUUUUUCGAUAUCGAUUAUAUGGAAGGUAAUAGAGAUUUCACAUACGAUGCACAGAAAUUCGGAGAUUUACCAUCUCUGGUCGAUUGGUUACACUCGAAAAAUAUGAAAAUAGGAAUCAUAUUGGAUCCAGCAAUCGGCAGUGAUGACAGUUUGCUCGGUAAAUAUCCUCCCUUAGAUGAUGGUCUCGAAAGAGAUAUAUUUGUCAAAAAUCGUACCGGAGCCAAUUUACAAGCUAAGGUGUGGCCAGGAUUAACUUAUUAUCCAGAUUUUUCCAAACCACAAACCGAAGAAUAUUGGUUCAAACAUUGCAACGAUUUCCAUAAAAUAGUUCCUUACGAUUGCUUAUGGAUCGAUAUGAACGAACCAUCCAGUUUCGCUGAUGGUUCCGUGUACGGAUGCGAAAAGAAUAAUUUGAAUUACCCUCCCUUCACUGCAAAUGUUUUGGGGUCUAAGAAAGACGGAAGAAUCUUCGAAAAGACGAUAUGCAUGGAUGCAGAACAACACGUAGGAAAGCAUUACGACGUUCAUAGUUUAUACGGUUAUUAUCAUUCUAAAGUAACUUACGGUACCCUGACGAAAAUACACGAAGGAAAACGCCCAAUGGUGCUGACUCGAUCUACCUUUUCGGGAAGUGGCAAAUACACGGCUCAUUGGUUGGGCGAUAAUUUAAGUUCUUGGACACAUCUAAGAGAUUCUAUACCCGGAAUACUCGAAUUCAAUCUCUUCGGCUAUCCUUUAAUAGGUGCAGACAUUUGCGGUUUCGAAGAUAACACUACGGCUUCAUUGUGUGCUCGGUGGUUUCAGUUAGGAGCCUUCUAUCCGUUUUCUCGAAAUCAUAACGGAUUUUAUUGUAUUCCACAACAUCCGACUGCUUUAGGUAACUUAGUUGUUAAAGCAGCCAAACAGGCACUAACGACUCGUUAUACAUUGUUACCUUAUCUUUAUACGUUAUUUUAUUACGCACACGUGGAAGGUUCUACGGUGGCACGUCCACUGUUACACGAAUUUCCGAAAGACAAGAAUACUUGGGAUAUUAAUUUUCAGUUUCUCUGGGGUGCUGCUCUUUUAAUUUCUCCAGCAGUUUAUGAAAAAGAAGACAAAGUUUUCGCUUAUUUUCCUGCUGGUGUUUGGUACGAUUUUUAUACGGUAAGAUUGAUGCAAAAUUAGGUAAAUCGGAUGAAGUGUUUCUGUGUUAAUUUAAAGACAGAAAAUAUACAAAAUGUUUAGCUUGAAAGUGCCAGUAUUUUCAUCAAAACAAAUUUGCACCAGGCAGAUUAAUUAAUAUGCAUCAAUGUC